CUCAGCAGUGUUGUUUUCCUGCUCAGACGCGGCUAGUUCAAGUUGCCAUAGCACGGUGAAGCUGAGGGUUGUUCUUCUGUUAGUUAUCACUCGAGGCGCGUAAAAGCACCGUUUCUCUUUUAACGUACUCCUAAAGACGGCGUGAUUUUCCUCAGUUUGUGUUUUGUAGUUUUUACAGUAUUGUCACCGGGUUAAAUUAGUUGGCUAACGUUUGGUUAGCUAGCUAGCUAACGUCCAUAGUAGUGCCCACUUGUUGCUAACCAGGAGGAGCAUCAAUCACAACAAUGCCCCGGACGGUUAUCUGGGAAGGGGGCAGUUUAAGUUGUCGUGAGUUGCUUCUCGGAUAGAUUUUUGUCCUCGUGGUUUUUUAAGUCAACUAUGUCAAAGCUCCCGUAUCUGUUUGCUAUGACAGAAUCAUCCAGUGGAACAAAACUUAAAAACAAUCCCACUUUGUUCGUUAAUCAGAUUACGGUUGACAGUUAGCGUCUUCCGCUGGCGAAACUAGUGCUGGUCACUAAUCGUCAUAUUUGCCUCGUCAGGCGUUUUUUUUUAUUUGUUUGUUUGUUUGGCUCAAAAUAUGGAUACAUCCAGCGGGUCGGAUUCAUACGACAGGAUGCGGACACACAGGCCACGGGGACGGGAAACCCACCGCAAAUCUGGCCGGGAUAGAGGCAGAGCUAGUGGGAGUGGAAUCGAUGGACCACCCGCAGACAUCUCCGAGAAAAUCAGCACCCUGGCAAACACCUUACAGGACACCAGUAGAAACUUGACCAAAGUAGACAGAAUGCUGGGUCAGUACAGGGAGCAUACAGACGAUCAGGCUGAAGCCAUGGCUCUGCUCAGAGAGAACCUGGAGGAGUCGAUCAGUCAGCUGCAGGCUCAGAGGCUGAGCAGAGCCAAUGGGACUCGGAGCGCUUCUGCCUCGGCCUCUACUCUGCACACCAGCGACCUGGACGCCUGCUCAGAAUCAGAAGGCCAGCGCUUCUACCCUACUUCUCCGCUGAAGGACUAUACAGGCACCCCAGGAAGGAGAAGGAGGUCUCACUCUGCCAGUGUUCGCUUCAAGGAGAGCAGCCUGGCAGGAGAAGAUAUUCACGAGAUGCACCAAUCCCUGCGGGAUCUGCGCUGCAACCAGCAGAGACUGUCUGAUGACCUGGAUAGAGAAAUCCUCAGGAGAAACAGGUCUGAUAUUGACACCAGGCGGGCGAUGGAGAGCCUCACAGAGCACAUGACAGCCUCCCAGAGACAGGACUCAGUGUCGUCUCGUGUGGAGCGGCGGCUGCAGGAGCUGCAGAGAGAAAUCCACAACGAGCAGAGGAGUGUGGAGAGGGAGAGAAGGCCGGAGCAGCGGGUUGCCAUGUCUGAUGAGCUGCAGGAGGCUUUAGGAAGACGCCAAGUUCAGUCCCAUGAGAGAGACGAGGACAUGACAGCCAGGCUUCUCAAAGCAGAGAGGGAGAAAUCCAAGAUGGAGCAGGAGCUAGACAGAGCCAGAAGAUUACUGGAACAGUCAGAGGAUAGCAGGGAGUCCCUCGCACAAGAGGUGGAGGACAUGCGCUGUGAGCUGCUGAGGACAAAGAAGGAGAACACGGGGCUUCAGAGGGCACGGCUGGAGACUUCUCAGCCCAGUGCUCAGCCACAUGGCAACCACAGCGACAGGGAGGGGGGAAGAGCUGGAUUGCAAGAUCGUUCAGACCUGGAAAAAGAAGUGGCAGAGCUGCGAGUUCAGUUGUGCAAAGUCUCCGUCCAGAGUGAGGUUGAAGAGCUGAGGAGGGCUCUGAACCAGAAGGAGAAGGAGAGGGUUGAACUCAGCCUACAGGUGAAGGAAUUAUCAUCAGACCUGGCGGCUCGGGAGCAACAGCAGCUACGAAUGCUGGAACAGCUGAGGGACAUACAGAGCCGCGGACCAGCUGAGAGGAGGGAGAUGGAGGCAUUACUGCAGGAGAGCACGAGGAGCAGAGAUGAAUUGAAGGCCAGGGCCCAAGAGGCUGUUCGCCAGUGGAGGGCAAAGUGCAGGAGACUGCAGAAGGGGCUGGACGAGGCUCAGGCUCAGGUUCAGUUUCACACCGACGAGGCCUCACAGGCAGCCAGGGAAAAGGGAAGCUCUCAGGCCCAGCUGAAGGCGCUGAGCCAGCAGACUGAGGCAGCCCGCAGGGAGCUCGCUGAAAUCCUAGGCCGGUUAGCUCAGCGCGAGGAAGAGCUCCACCGCAAGGACGUGGAGCUGUCGGAGACUCACCAGCGCCAGUUGUCACUGCAGCAGGAAAUCCGGGAGGUGAGAGAGGCCUCUGCUACCCUGGAGGAGGAGGCUCGGCAUCAGGCUGCCAUCCUAGCAAGACUGAGAGAAGAGAACCAGAGGCUGGAAGAACGAGCUGACACUCAAGUCCGUCGCUGUCAGAGGGACCAGGACGCUCAGGCCGAGCUCCAAGCAGCCCUGAAGCAGAUGACCACAGCCCGUGCCCAGCUCGCCCAGCGGCUGGCUGAGGAGGAGAGCUCCAGGAAGGAGCUCCACAAGGGCACCUCAGAACUUCAGGCCAAGGUGACAGCGCUGCAGGAGGAGCGAGACGCCCUGAGCCAGCAGCUGCAGCUCGAGAGAGAAGUGCAUCAGAAGGAACUGGACAACACCAAGGCCACGGCGGAGGACAGCAGGAUAAAGAAGGAUCGGGAGGUGCAAGACAUGCUGAGGCUCUGCCGCCAGGAGCGAGAUGAAAUGCAGUCACACCUGAGGGAGGUCAAGGCAGAUGCAGCGUCAGACAAGGAGCUGUGUGGGGCGCUGCACGUCAAGUUGGACAGGAUGAAGGAUGAGUGUGAUAAGCUGGCGGCACAGCUGAGCACAAAAGACGAGGCAUAUGCACUUCUCCACCGAAAAUACCAGCUACUUAAACAGGAGCUGGAGGACAAAGUCAGGUCGGGUGAACGGAGACGUGCCUCCGAGUCAGAACUUGUUAAGCUGGAGCAGAAAGUGCUGCAAAUGGAAGCAGAGCAGGAGGCCGUUUUGACCUCGAUGGGCGAGGAACUGGACGCCGCCUGUCAUAGUCUGGCGAGGAACGGUGAAGACAAACUACAGGCGAUCUCCCAAAGACCCAGCUUAGUGAAAGACCCCCACCGCUGGCUAGCAGAGACCAAGACAAAGCUGCGUUGGCUGUGUGAGGAGGUUCGGGAUCGCGACACAAGAGAACAGCGCCUGAGGAGGCAGCAUCAACAGACCCGGGAUCAGUUGAAGGCCCUCAGGCAGAGCCGGGACUCGGAGCAGGCGACUCUCCUGCAGCGCCUCGACCAACAGGAGAAGCUCAUGCACUCGCUCAGUGUUGAAAAGAAAGAGCUGCUGGAGAGGAGUCGGAGGAAGGAGGACGAAAUGAGAAGCCUUCAGGAUCGUGUGUUGGAUCUGGAGAUGAACACAAGGGUAGCUCUGGACCAUUUGGAGUCGAUUCCAGAGAAACCAUGUCUGAUGGAGAACUUCAAAGAUCUAGAGGAGUCUCAGCAGCAGAGGGAGUCGGUAGAACAGCGCUACACCAAAUACAAAGAGAUCGUCUGGGACCUGCAGCACCAGCUGGACGAGUCCAAACGCAGAAUCCAAGAGUACCGGGAUGAGAAGUUGGACGCCACUUCCAGGAGCCUCAGACUCGCUGCUCUUUCUUCCUCCAUCAAAGACUCCAACACUUUCCUGAGCAGCUCGCUGAGAUCUGACACACUGUCACCUCACAAACGCCUGACCAGCUCAGACCUGGACGCUUCUAAAGGCAGCAAGGCCAAACCUCUCCCAGACUGAAGCAAACCUUUAUCUGGAUCUCUACAAACACUGACUCUACCUGCCUGCUGCUCCUCCACAACAAACUUGACCGUAGUAAGGAACCUCACACUUGACUCUAAUCCUCCUCCACUACCUCCACCAGGCAGUCACUGAAGGCGCUCAGGAGCAGGAGGGCGAGCUGGAGAUUUCCCAGCAAACUUUCAGAGAGCAGUUGUACGUCUGCACACUGUAACCGAGGAUUUACUGCAAAGCGUUUCACAUGUUAUUUAUAAGCACUUGAACUGAAUGUAUUCACUGAAAUUAUAAAGCUUUAAACAACAUCAUGCGACUGUUACAUUUCUUGACAUUCUUCCAACAUUUUAAAUAUUAUUUUAUUAUCUGUACUCUCCCUAUAAUGCCGAUGUGUUCGUGCUAAAGUUAUGUAUUAUAUUCUACCCAAAAAAAUGGUGCCUUUUACACAUUAUGCAGUUUUUACUAACACGUCAUGAAAAUGUGACGGAUGUGUUGUUUUUGUCUCCUAAUGUAUUGACCAGUUUUCCUCUCUGUUUUGUUUAAUGCAGUAUGUAUUUGUACAAAGAAACAAGCACAAAUAGAUGUCUAUCUUUUGCCAAAAUGUGAAGGAAGCAUAUGCACUACGAAUAAAUCCACACGCAGCCCAAAGUCUGGCUUCCUAA